UAUGAGGACCGGCCCCCGGCCCGGAGCCGAGGGGCCUAACCGUGUCCCUGCUGAGCCGACCCUCCCCGCCCCGAGCUCGGGGCCGGCGCCGGACGCGGCCGUUGUGUCGGUUGGCGGCGCCGAAUGGGCGGUUGGUAGCCGCCGCCGAGGACGAGGCGGCGGCAGAAGAUGGUGUCGGGGGCCUUCGGCUGUGCUGCUGCCACCGGCGGAGGAGGAGGCGUUGCCGGUUCACUGAGUUUAACCAGUAAUCCCAUUCAGUUGCCAAUAUCAAGCAAAGCAAAUAUAAGCCAUACAAUAAUCUUUUAAAGAAAGGUGGUAGUCCUUUUCACAGUGACAAGACGUAACCAUAUCACAGUGUGAGGUAUAAUCUCACAGAUUCCAGAGAAAUCAUCAUGAAGUUAUAUGUAUUUCUGGUCAACACUGGAACUACCCUGACAUUUGACACUGAACUAACAGUGCAAACUGUGGCAGACCUUAAGCAUGCCAUUCAAAACAAAUACAAGAUUGCCAUCCAGCACCAGGUGCUGGUGGUCAAUGGUGGAGAGUGCAUGGCUGCCGAUCGGAGAGUGUGCACCUACAGCGCCGGGACGGACACAAAUCCAAUAUUUCUUUUUAACAAAGAAAUGAUCUUAUGUGAUCGUCCACCUGCUAUUCCUAAAACUACCUUUUCAACAGAAAAUGACAUGGAAAUAAAAGUUGAAGAGUCUCUUAUGAUGCCUGCAGUUUUUCACACUGUAGCUUCAAGGACACAACUUGCAGUGGAAAUGUAUGAAGUUGCCAAGAAACUUUGUUCGUUUUGUGAAGGUCUGGUCCAUGAUGAACAUCUUCAACACCAAGGCUGGGCUGCUAUCAUGGCCAAUUUGGAGGACUGUUCAAAUUCAUACCAAAAGCUACUUUUCAAGUUUGAAAGUAUUUAUUCAAAUUAUCUGCAUUCGGUAGAAGACAUCAAGUUAAAACUAACUCAUUUAGGAACUGCCGUUUCAGUAAUGGCCAAGAUUCCAUUGUUGGAGUGCCUAACCAGACAUAGUUACAAGGAAUGUUUGGGAAGACUGGAUUCUUCACCUGAACAUGAAGGCUCAGAAAAGGCUGAAAUGAAAAGAUCCACUGAACUGGUGCUCUCUCCCGAUAUGCCUAGAACAACUAACAAAUCACUGUUAACCUCAUUUCACAAGUCAGUGGAAAAUGUAACCCUAGAUACCACCGAUGCUGAAAGUGGCAAAGAAAUUAGAGAAUCUUGUCAAAGUACUGUCCAGCAUGAUGAAACUUCAGUAGAUGCUAAAGAGGGUGAUCUGCCUUUUUUUAAUGUUUCUUUGUUAGACUGGAUAAAUGUUCAAGAUAGACCUAAUGAUGUGGAAUCUUUGGUCAGGAAGUGCUUUGAUUCUAUGAGCAGGCUUGAUCCAAGGAUUAUUCGACCGUUUCUAGCAGAAUGUCGUCAAACUAUUGCCAAACUUGAUAAUCAGAAUAUGAAAGCCAUUAAAGGGCUUGAAGAUCGUCUCUAUGCCCUGGACCAGAUGAUCGCUAGCUGCAGCCGGCUGGUAAAUGAACAAAAAGAACUUGCUCAGGGAUUUUUAGCUAACCAGAUGAGAGCUGAAAACUUGAAGGAUGCAUCUGUGUUGCCUGAUUUGUGCCUGAGUCAUGCAAAUCAGUUGAUGAUUAUGUUGCAAAAUCAUAGAAAACUCUUGGAUAUUAAACAGAAGUGUACCACUGCCAAACAAGAACUAGCAAAUAAUCUACACGUCAGACUGAAGUGGUGUUGCUUUGUAAUGCUUCAUGCUGAUCAAGAUGGAGAGAAACUGCAAGCUUUGCUCCAUCUCGUAAUAGAGCUGUUAGAAAGAGUCAAGAUUGUUGAAGCACUUAGCACAGUUCCUCAGAUGUACUGCUUAGCUGUUGUUGAGGUUGUAAGAAGAAAAAUGUUCAUAAAACACUACAGGGAGUGGGCUGGUGCAUUAGUCAAAGAUGGAAAGCGAUUAUAUGAAGCUGAAAAGUCAAAAAGGGAGUCCUUUGGGAAAUUAUUUAGGAAGUCUUUUUUAAGAAAUCGUCUGUUUAGGGGACUGGACUCCUGGCCACCUUCCUUUUGUACUCAGAAACCUCGAAAGUUUGACUGUGAACUUCCAGAUAUUUCAUUAAAAGAUUUACAGUUUUUACAAUCAUUUUGUCCUUCAGAAGUUCAACCAUUUCUCAGGGUUCCCUUACUUUGCGACUUUGAACCUCUACACCAGCAUGUACUUGCUCUACAUAAUUUGGCAUCCACAAAUCAGGCAUCCCCGCAGUCUACUUCUUCACCAAGGAUAGAAAGUGCAGCAGGAAUAACAACUACUACCUCACCAAGAACUCCUCCUCCACUCACUGUUGAGGAUCCCUUAUGUCCUGCAGUUUGUCCCUUAGAAGAAUUGUCUCCAGAUAGCAUUGAUGCACAUACAUUUGAUUUUGAAACUAUUCCCCAUCCAAACAGUGAACAGACUCUUCACCAAGGUUCUUUAGACUUGGAUUCAUUAGCCGAAAGUCCUGAAUCAGAUUUUAUGUCUGCUGUGAAUGAGUUUGUAAUAGAAGAAAAUUUAUCAUCUCCUAAUCCAAUUAGUGAUCCACAAAGCCCAGAAAUGAUGGUGGAAUCACUUUAUUCAUCAGUUAUCAAUGCAAUAGAUAGUAGACGUAUGCAGGAUACAAAUACAUGUGGUAAAGAGGAUUCGGGAGAUCAUACCCCUUUAAAUGUCCAGUUGGAAAAAUGUAGAGUUUUUGCCCAAGAUUCUCACUUCAGUAUACAGACCAUCAAGGAAGACCUUUCCCACUUCAGGACAUUUGUACAAAAAGAACAGUAUGACUUCUCAAAUUCUUUAAAAUGUACAGCAGUAGAAAUAAGAAGCAUUAUUGAAAGAGUCAAAUGUUCUCUGGAAAUAACACUAAAAGGAAAACAUCAAAAAGAACUACAGUCCUUAAAAAAUGAGUAUGAAGCUAAACUUGAUGCACUAAUGAAGGAGAGUGAAGAAAAUGAAAGCAAAAUUAAAAAAUUGAAAGGAGACUUAAUAGGUCUUGAGGAGAUUUUACAAAAUAAAGACAAUGAAUUUGCUUUGGUUAAACAUGAAAAAGAAGCUGUCGUCUUUCUACAGAAUGAAAAGGAUCAGAAGUUGUUAGAAAUGGAAAAUAUAAUGCAUAGUCAAAAUUGUGAAAUUAAAGAACUGAAGCAGUCUCGAGAGGUAGUGUUAGAAGACUUAAAAAAGCUCCAUGUUGAAAAUGAUGAGAAGAUACAGUUACUGAGGGCAGAACUUGAAUGCUUGGAGCAAAGUCAUCUGAAGGAAUUGGAGGACACUCUGCAAGUCAGGCAUACGCAGGAGUUUGAGAAAGUUAUGACAGACUACAACAUUUCUUUGGAGAAACUAAAAAAGGAAAAUCAACAAAGAAUCGAUAGCAUACAAGAGUCUCAUGCAGCAGUUGUCCAGGACAAAGAACAACAGCUACAGGAAUUAAAACUCAAGGUUUCUGAUAUGUCUGACAUGAGAUGCAAGUUAGAGGUUGAACUUGCAUUGAAGGAAGCGGAGACUGAUGAAAUUAAAAUUUUGCUGGAAGAAAGCAAAGCCCAGCAGAAAGAGACCUUAAAGCUUCUCCUCGAACAAGAGACUGAAAACCUGAGAAUAGAGAUAAGUAAGUUAAACCAAAAGAUUAAAGAUAAUAAUGAAGAUUAUCAGGUGGGCUUAGCAGAGCUAAGAACUUUAAUGACAAUUGAAAAAGAUCAGUGCAUUUCGGAGUUAAUUAGUAGACAUGAAGAGGAAUCAGAUAUGCUUAAAGCUGAAUUAAACAAAGUAACAUCCUUGCAUCACCAAGCAUGUGAAAUAGAAAAAAAAUUGAAGGAACAGAUAGUUGAACUACAGAGUAAAUUGGACUCAGAAUUGAGUGCUCUUGAAAAACAAAAAGAUGAAAUGAUUACCCAACAAGAACAAAAAUUUGAAGCUAUUAUCCAAAAACUUGAGAAAGGCAAAGAGGAAUUGGUCAUGAACCAGGAACAAGAAAGAGAAGAGUUAAUUCAGAAGCUUGAUUGUGAAAAAGAAGCUGCCAUUCAGACUGCUCUAAAAGAAUUUAAAUUGGAGAGAGAGGCUCUUGAGAAUGAGUUAUUGGAAAAAGUUAAACAUCUUGAGAGCCAACUAACAAGAAGUUCUGCCACUGAAUCUACUAGAGACGAUUCUGCAAGUUUAGUUGCUGAACUUCAAGAAAAGCUUCAGGAAGAAAAAGCUAAGUUUUUAGAACAACUUGAAGAACAAGAAAAAAGAAAGAAUGAAGAAAUGCAAAAUGUUCGAACAUCUUUGAUUGCCGAACAGCAGACCAAUUUUAACACUGUUUUAACAAGAGAGAAAAUGAGAAAAGAAAACAUAAUAAAUGACCUUAGUGAUAAGUUGAAAAGUACAAUGCAACAACAAGAACGAGAUAAAGAUUUGAUAGAGUCACUUUCUGAAGAUAGAGCUCGUUUGCUUGAGGAAAAGAAGAAACUUGAAGAAGAAGUCAGUAAGUUGCGUAGUAGCAGUUUGGUUCCUUCACCGUAUGUAGCUGCAGCCCCAGAACUUUAUGGAGCCUGUGCACCUGAACUCCCAGGUGAAGCAGAGAAAUCAGGCAUGGAAACAGCAGAUGAAGGAAGGUUGGAUUCAGCAAUGGAGACAAGCAUGAUGUCCGUACAAGAAAACAUCCAUAUGUUAUCCGAAGAAAAACAGAGGAUAAUGCUGUUAGAACGAACAUUGCAGUUGAAAGAAGAAGAAAACAAGCGGCUAAAUCAAAGACUUAUGUCUCAGAGCAUGUCCUCAGUAUCUUCAAGGCAUUCUGAAAAAAUAGCUAUUAGAGAUUUCCAGGUGGGAGAUUUGGUACUCAUCAUCCUAGAUGAACGCCAUGACAAUUAUGUAUUAUUUACCGUUAGUCCAACUUUAUAUUUUCUACAUUCAGAGUCUCUGCCUGCCCUGGAUCUUAAACCAGCUUCAGGUAUAUCUAGAAGACCCUGGGUACUUGGAAAAGUAAUGGAAAAGGAAUACUGUCAAGCUAAAAAGGCACAAAACAGAUUUAAAGUUCCUUUGGGGACAAAAUUUUACAGAGUGAAAGCUGUGUCAUGGAAUAAGAAAGUAUAACUUUAAGAAGAAAUUAACACAUCCGGUGACAUUUUUUCUGAAUUGACCUACAGUACUCAUUUACCACUCCAAAAAUAGCAGGCCAUCUUUUUAUACAAAAGUCAACAUGACAAUAUACUUCAUUGUUGUGCAACAUUUACUUUUUAACUGGCUACAUUUUAGGAACAAUAAAUUCAUCAAAACCCUUUGCUGAAUUAAAAUGGUUUUGGUUUUGUUUUUACCCAGAUAACUCUAGAAAUGCGGACCAAACUUGUUCUUUUUCUCAAAGGGCAUCCCCUGUGUGUUGUGGCUUAUGAUUAGCCAUGUUAAUUGCCUGUUAAAUAUACAUUAGCUUGAUCAUAGAUGUUAAAUGUUAAUUAUUACCAGCAUUUGUCCUUUUGUGAAAUCAGUAUCAGAAUACUUGCACUCUUUAACAUAUUCUUUAUAAAAUGUGUAAAUUCUUCAAAACUAUUUAAAGAGGAGUGUUAUUGCAUGCAGAUAAUCAUAAUUUUGAGUUUGCCUCUGUAGAUUACUAAAGCAAACUUUCAUUUAUUUUUUUAAAUGCCCUUUGAUGUUUCAAGGAAAAAAAAAAGAACUCUGUAAUUAGAUUGACUGAUCUUAAGAUCAGCCAUAA